AUGUCUUCCGACGCCGGUACUCCAGCUCCCGAUUCGCAGCAGCAGCAGCGCUCCUCGCGUGAGAAGGUGGCCUUCCGCUUCUGCCGCGAAUGCAGCAACAUGCUCUACCCCCACGAGGACCGCCUCACCACCAGCUUGAUGUACCGUUGCCGUACCUGCCACAACACCGAACCGGCCCAGAACUACUGUGUGUUCCGCAACACCCUCUCUAGUAACGCGGGUGAAACCGCCGGAGUCACCACCGACAUCGGAAGCGAUCCUACCUUGCCCAAGGCUGUCCGUGUUUGCCCGCAGUGUGGCGAGUCGGAGAGUGUGUUCUUCCAGAGUCAGCAGAGAACGGAGGAUACCAAGAUGUCUCUUUUCUACGUCUGCAUAAGUUGCGGAUCCGUACAUCAUUAG